GGGAGAGCUGAUCUGGUCAGACCGGCUCGCUCUGGCUCAUAAACAUUCUGGCCCUCAGCAGUGUGUGUUUUCUUCGCUCGUCCGCCGAACCCCUCGUCUCUCUUCCCCCUCAUGGGUCAGUUGGGCCAGUCCGUCACAAUGCAGUUGAAGACUCCCAUACCUGCUAUACCUUCCAUGCCUGCCAUGCCCGCCAUGUCCGGGGUCUGUCUUCCACGACAGGUUCGCCGGGUGGUGCCGCUCUUCCUGGCUGUCUUCUGUCUAGUUUUCUAUCUCUCACUUACAGGCACCUUCGCCGAGUUUCACGGAGGCCUCGCACGCCAGAGCAAGUGCAGGCUCUUCCCCCGCAAGAUAUGGCAGUCAUGGAAGGUCAAUCCCUUCGAAUUCGAAGAGCGUGAUCUGAACGUGGCCCGUACCUGGACCUCCAUUAACCCAGGCUACCGCUACGAGGUGCUGACCGAUCAAAAUGACCUACAUUAUGUCGAGACAAACUUCGGGCCUGACGGCCUCAAUCGUCCAGACAUUGUCGAGACUUACCGCUCCCUGACCGCGAAGAUCAUCAAGGCCGAUCUGCUCCGGUACCUCGUGAUGUAUGUGGACGGUGGAGUAUACGCCGAUAUUGACGUUGAAGCGCUGCGGCCGCUAGAACGCUUCAUACCCGAACGCUUCAACGAAGCGGACAUGGACCUGAUAAUUGGGGUCGAGAUUGACGAACCCGACUUCAAUGACCAUGCCAUCCUGGGCCCUAAGUCACAAUCCUUCUGUCAAUGGACCUUUAUCAGCAAGCCACGCCAGCCAGUCAUGAUGCGGCUGGUGGACCGCAUUCUCGAAUGGCUGCACGAUCACUCCGUCAAGCAGGGAAAGCCCAUCUCCGAUCUCGAGCUUGACUUCGACGAUAUCAUUAGUGGGACCGGCCCCUCCGCCUUUACGGAAGCUGUACUGGCUGAGAUGAGCGCCCGCACUGGCCAGGAAGUGACCUGGAAGACGUUUCACGACAUCCCCGAGUCAAAGUUAGUGGGUGGUAUCCUAGUGCUCACAGUGGAGGCCUUUGCUGCAGGCCAGGGUCAUUCGGACUCGGGUAACCACAAUGCGCGAUCGGCGCUGGUCAAGCACCACUACCACGCGUCGGGGUGGCCCAACACCCACCCGCGCUUCAAACACCCUCUCUACGGCGAAGUUGAACAAUGCAACUGGAAUAAGCAAUGUGUGGCGGACUGGGAUGCCAACACGGCGGCGUUCGCGGCCCUGUCACCGGAGGAGCAGGAGCAGCAGAUCGCCAUGAAGCAGGCUGCUGAUGCCGCCGAGGCUGAGAUGGCCGUGGAAGAUCUGGCGGGGGAUGAUGGAGAUCUCGGGCUCGCCAUCGAGUGAGCAAAGAAAGCAUGGGGAAUAAUUAGAUGACUACGAUCGAUCUUGGAAUGUCCGGGACGUGACAAGCCCCUCUGGAGUAACGGUUGUUCGGGUGGUCGGAAGGGUAUUUGAUGUUCAUUGACUUAUGGCGUAUGAUGUAUAAUGGCUUAGAAUUGAUGCUACACAAAAGACCGAGCUUGUCUGUUAUUGCUAAUAAAACUCAUUGCUCGUAAUGUUGAC